AUGACGGGGCGGACAUGGUGUCUUUUGGUCUCCAUUUUGGCCGUAAUAGGCAAGUGCAAAAAGAUUGUGAAGUUCUGCAAGAAAAGUGGUGUAAACUCACUUCUGGAGAAGGAGGGAAGAGGGGUACUAAUUCAGGACGUGGAGACAAGAUGGAUGUCCAUUCUCACAUUGCUGCAGUCCUUUUUUCCCAAACGUCUACCUCCCGCUGCCCCCGCUGCUCAGGAGAACGCCGAUGCCAACAACAACGAGCCUCCUGAGAACGAGGAAGACGAUGACGACUCUGGCGGUAGUAGUACCAGCUUGGACCGAAGCAAAAUUGAAAGGGUAAAUGAGAUCCUUUUGGAGAAGGACAAGGAGACGCUCAUACUGAGCGACGACGACGUGGACGCCAUGGUAUCCCUGGUCAAACUUUUGAAGCCGUUCAAUGUCGCCAUCAAGAAGUUUGAGCGCGAAAAGGAGCCGACAAUACAACACGUCUAUCCCCAGUACCUUGUUCUGAAGAGGAAGGUUGAGCCAAAUAUCGAAGAUCCCGCUGCAAUUAGAAAGCUAAAGGAAAACCUGUCGAGGCAGUUGAAGGACAAGUUUUUGCCUAAUAUUGGUGAACGCCACAAAAUUGGCGCUUUCCUAUGGCCCAAGUCUGUGCAGCUAGCGUUUCUGCCGGAGGAGGACAGGGAAAAGGUGAAAGCGAGGGUGCGCGAGCUGUGCGUCGAGCAGGAGGCGGUGAUGCGCCGGCGCGGUCCCAUUCCAGGCACUGACGCCCCCGCCCCACCCCCAGCAAAGCGGCGCCGUCGGCGGUGCUCAUCGGACGACGACGACGAGUACGAGUCGGUCCUCGGAGGCACGCAGAGCAGCAUUGCCGACGAGGUCGACUUGUACGUCGUCCUGGCGACGUGCUCCCCGACUGUGCGGUCCAAGGACCUCCUCAAGUGGUGGAAAGAAAAGAGUUCUGACUUGCCCGUGCUCAGCCGCGUAGCCCGCAUGAUUCUUGCUACACCCGCCUCCAGCUCAGCAAGCGAGCGUAAUUUUAGCGUUGCGGGGCGGCUCAUCACCCCUAGAAGGAAUUGUCUGGCGGCCGACACCGUCGAUGUUCUGUUGUUUUUGUGCAAUUACUUCAAAAAACGUUCUCAGUACAAAAGUGCAAUGGGUAUUGUUCUGACUUGGUUUAAAGACCUAGCUUUGUGCGACGAAGAUAUUCGCACUGAAGCUUUGAGGUUCGGACCUCACCCAUUUUUGCGUCAAGUUUUCCAAGGUGAGCGUGUCUCGUGUAAGGACAACCACAAGCUGGGCGAGUUUAAACUUCGCGACAUCGCGUCGUCCUACCAUACCACAUGA